CGUCACACAACGCGUAGGAUCGAGAUCUCCUGCACAGCACCAUAUCAGAUUUACCAUAUUUCAACCUAAAACAAGGCUGUGAAAAUACUUGUUGAUGGAGGACGUGCUGCAGGGAAAUGACAGACCAGGGCAAUAACAAUCAGAACAUCUCACAAAACCCCUUCGCAGCACUCUUCAGUUCAGUCGCUGACGCAAAACAGUUUGCAUCUGACCAAAAGCAACAGCCUCCAACUGAGCAGCAAUCAGUAGAUUCAGGAGAGAGCCAGUCUGAGUCAGACAACUCUGCGUCUGAAAGCAUUGAUGAGAAUGAUGACUCAGUGGCGGAGAUCAGCCGAUCGUUUCGCUCACGACAGGAGCUCUGUGAACAGCUCAAUGUCAACCACAUGAUCCAGAGGAUCUUCCUCAUCACUCUGGACAACAGUGACCCGAGUCUAAGAAGUGGCAAUGGCAUUCCACCACGCUGUGUUUACCUUGAGGAAAUGGCAGCUGAUCUUGAUGGUCAGGACUGGCUUAACAUGGACACCAUAGAGCAGGCUUUGUUCAACAGGCUGCUUUUGCAGGAGCCAGGAAACCAUCUCAUUUACAUGACCUCCUGCAGUGUAGUGAAUCUCUCAGCAGAUCGUGACGCUGGAGAGAAACGUGCCAUACCUUACCUUUACGCCUGCUACCAGAGAGCUAAAGAGGAGAUCACUAAAGUUCCAGAGAAGCUGUUGUCGUUUGCUGUGAACUGCAAAAACCUGACCGUGUCCAAUGCACGAACUGUGCUGCUGACCCCAGAGAUCUACAUAAGUCAGAACGUUUACGAGCAGCUUCUGGACCUGUUGCUGGAGGCCGUCAGAGGAGCCCAGUUUGAAGAGGUUGUGGAGUUUUUAGAGGAGGUCAUUGCUAGCCUGUUGGCUGACCAAGAAGUGCGGACCUUUGGGGAGGUUAUGGUGCCAGUGUUUGAUAUUUUUCAAGGCCGGGUUAAAGACCUAGACCUCUGUCAGCUGCUGCUGUUUUCCUACCUGGAAAUUCUCCUGUACUUCAGUCGGCAAAAGGACAUUGCUAAGGUUUUAAUGGAGCACAUUCAGCCCAAAGACCCUAACAAUGGGAUUCAGUAUCAGAAAACACUUCUGGGAGCCAUCCUUAAUAUUUCUUGUCUACUGAAAACUCCUGGUGUAGUUGAAAACCAUGGCUUUUUCCUGAAUCCAUCUCGCUCCAGCCCACAGGAAUUGAAGGUUCAAGAGUCAAAUAUACACCAGUUUAUGGGGCAGUUUCAUGAUAAGCUCUAUCAGAUCCUGAAAAACUUGCUCCAGCAGUCCGGCGAGACUCGCCACCUGCUGCUCUCGUGGCUGGGUGGCUGUCUGCAGGCCAACAUGGGGCGGGCCAAAAUCUGGGCAAACCAGAUGCCCGAGAUUUUCUUCCAAAUGUACGCAUCGGAUGCAUUCUUCUUGAAUCUGGGAGCCGCUCUGCUCAAGCUCUGCCAGCCGUUUUCUCGACCCUACUCUCCUAAACUCCUGACCUUUAACCCCACAUACUGCUUGCUUAAAGAGCUGAGUGAAGAAGAGCGGCGUAACAGAAAUGUGCACGCUAGAGGUCUGGACAAGGAGACAUGUCUGAUACCUGUGCCCCCUCAGCAAACGGUUGAAUUUGCCCAAUCAUACAGCCUUCUGACAGAAAACCUCAUUCUUACACAACUUACCCUAUACCUGGGCUUCCAUAGACUUCAUGAUCAGAUGGUGAAGAUGAAUCAGUCUCUGCACCGGCUCCAGGGGACAUGGCGGGACACGCAGCUCAGUGGAGGCCCAGCAGCAGCAGAGCUACGGGAACAGUUCGAACGCCUUAUGACUGUCUAUCUCUCAACCAAGGCUGCAACCACACAGCCCACCAUGCUGCAAAACUGCCUCAACCUCCAGGCCUCCUGCGCCGCCCUGCUGGUUCAGCUCAGCCUGGGCAAUCAGGGCCCUGAACACAUUCCUCUCACCUUCCCUUUACCUUCACUGGAGAACAGCCUGCUUUGCUAUGUGCCAGAGUUCUUUGCUGAAAACAUGGGUGAUUUCUUCAUAUUCCUGCGCCGCUUUGCUGACGAGGUGUUGGAGUCCUCUGCGGAAAGCUUAGAACACGUACUGACCUUCAUCACUGUGCUCAUGGGCAACGUUGAUAGAAUGAAGAAUCCUCAUUUGCGGGCAAAGUUGGCAGAGGUCCUUGAGGCUGUGAUGCCCCAUAUGGAGACUCUGUCACCUGGCGCUGCCCAGCCUAUCAUGUUUCAGCGCCAAAGAGUUUUCAGCUCAUAUCGGCACGCGCCCCAACUCGCUGAAGCCCUUAUUACAGUGUUCGUGGAUAUAGAGUUCACCGGUGACCCGCAUCAGUUUGAGCAGAAGUUUAAUUACAGGAGGCCAAUGUACGCCAUUCUGAAGUACAUGUGGGGAGAGGAGAGCUACAGGGAAAGCAUCAAGAAUCUUGCUGAUUAUGCCUCUGAAAACCUUGAAGCCAUGAAUCCACCACUCUUCCUUAGGUUUCUCAAUCUCCUCAUGAAUGAUGCAAUCUUCUUACUUGACGAGGCUAUACAGUACUUAAGUAAGAUCAAAAUCCUCCAGCUGGAGCGGGAUCGGGGGGAGUGGGAUAGUCUGGCCCCUGACGCCCGCAGAGAGAAAGAAUCGAGUCUGCAGAUGUUUGGACAGCUGGGUCGCUUCCACAACAUCAUGUCGAAUGAGACCAUUGGCACCUUGGCUUUCCUCACAUCUGAGAUAAAAGGUCUUUUUGUUCACCCCUUUCUUGCUGAAAGGAUCAUCUCCAUGCUCAACUACUUUUUGCAGCACCUGGUAGGACCCAAAAUGGGUGCCUUGAAGGUGAAGGACUUCAGUGAAUUUGACUUCAAACCCCAACAGCUAGUGUCGGACAUCUGUACUAUUUACCUAAACUUGGGAGAUGAAGAAAAUUUCUGCGCUACUGUCCCAAAAGAUGGAAGGUCAUAUUCACCCACUCUGUUCUGCCAAACUGUCCGCGUCCUCAAGAAAAUCAACAAGCCCGGUGACAUGAUUAUAGCUUUCAGUCUCCUAGCAGAUAAAAUUAAGUCCCUUGCAGACAGGCAUCAGCAAGAGGAAGAGACGUUCUCUGAUGCUCCAGAUGAAUUUCUGGAUCCCAUCAUGUCUACCUUGAUGCUCGAUCCUGUGCUCCUACCGUCUUCAAACGUCACAGUGGACCGCUCAACAAUAGCACGACAUUUACUCAGUGACCAGACAGACCCAUUCAACCGCAGUCCGCUCACCAUGGACCAGAUCAGACCCAACGAAGAGCUCAGACAACAGAUCAUGAAGUGGCUUGCUGAUCACAAGCAAAGCAACCAGCAAAUGGGACCCAGUGGCUAAACCACACUACUCCCCUUCCCCCCAGAACCCAGGCAUGCUCUGUGUGACUAAACCAUUCAGAUGUUUCUGGCCUCUCUCAUACCGCAUUGAAACAAGAACAUUUAACCACAUACAGAGCAGCACGUAUGCAUUUAUGGUGUUAGUGUGCUCCUCAAAGGUCAAAUGCAAAUCUCUAAAUGCCAUAUCGCUGUAGCAUAUUCAGCUAUCUGUUCUUCUCUCUACAGUUUGAACUCUUCAUAGACUGAACUCGGUAAUCUGAGUCACGCUAUUGGUUGCAUUUUGCCUUGCCAAGAUUGUUCACUGUGGAAAAUUAAACUAGGGUUUAUUAGCAGAUGGCGUAUCUAAGGUUUGCUUACCUGUUCAAUGCAUUUGCCCUACCUCUGACUUGAUUCAAAUGCAUGCAAUAUUUUGUAAACAUCGCUUAUUUGUUGACUUUUUAAGUUAGAGUAUAUCUCAUUUUGAAAUUAAGGAAGAUCAAAUCAAUGUUGGCUGCAAACGAGAUCAAACUACCAUCAAACAUUUAGUUAAGAUCAUCAGCGUUUAUUCCAGCGAGCUUCAGUUUAAUGGUUGUUCCCGCUGGCAUUUGUGUUCCAUAAUGUCGCUUUUUGUUGGGCUUGUCUUUAACUCCUCCAUUUGUCAAAAUGCUUUUGUUCAUUACAAACAUUUUAUGUUAGAAACACAAGGAGCGUUUGCUAUAAUAUGCACAUUUACGAGACUCGUUAAGAAUAUUGAGCUCUCGUUGAAGCGUUUGGAAAUGCUCCUGUACAUUUUACAAGGAUCCAUUGUGUCUUUUAACAGUGCAAUAUGUCUCCAGUAAUGACUUAUUUGACUGCUGAGUCAGCCUUAUGACCUACUCUCAUACGCGGUGACAUCAUGUCUCUUUUUCUAACAGUUGCGAAACUGCAUGCUCUGGGCGGAUGGACUUUGCUACUGACGUUUGUCUUAAAAGAUGAUAUUGAUAAGACGCUGUCCACUCACUGCCUUCAGUCCAGGGAGCUGCAUUAGAUUGACCCUUCAAGUAGUAUAGGGCAUGCCUGCAUUUCGUCUGCACUGAUUGUUUUUUUUUUUUGCUGUGUGUUAGUUGGUUUUAAAUUGGCUCCAUUAUAUGUUCAAGAUCUAAUAAAUGAGACCCAAUGAUUUCUCAGCACAAACAGAACGCUUUAGGAUACUUUUGUUAGUUCUCUCUUCUAAAUUUUGCCAUUUCUGUUACAUUUUAGAGUAGUCAUAUGCGUCAUUCCUACGAUUCUGUGCUGUUUGAGUGCCCAAAACGUAAUAUGUGAUGCUGGAACACAAAACCUGUGCAACGUAAAGUCUUAAGCUGCACAGGUAUAGUUUUAGGAAUAACCAAAAUACAUUGUAUAGGUUAAAAUAAUUGAUUUUCUUUCAUGCAAAAGUCAUAAGUAAUAAAAUGUUCCAAUAAGUUGUUUUUUUUUUACUCUAAAUAUGUCAGAACUGUUUUUGCUAAUAAUAUACAUAGCUGAGGACUUAAUUUAGAUAACUUUUAAAGGAGAUUUUUCUCAUUAUUUAGAUUUUUUUAACUUCCAGCUUCCAGAUUUUGAAAUACUUCUAUCUUGGUCAAAUAUUGUCCUGUCUUAGCAAAGUAUACAUCAAUAGAAAUAUUAUUUAUUCAGAUUCCAGGUCAUGUAUCAAUAUCAAGUAAAAAAAACAACAACUUAUCACUGGUUUAGUGGUCCAGGAUCAGGUUUUUUUUAUUAUUAUUAUUAAAACGUGAUAAUACUAAUUUCUUGAAGAUUGUCUAACAUAAUUUAACUAUCCUCCACCAUAGAACACAAUAGGGCUGCACAAUAUUGGAAAAAUCUGAUGCUGUGAUAUUUUAUUUUUCUUCGCUAAUUAUUGUGAUAUGAAUACAGUUUCAGAAGAUGAAGUUUGGUUUUUAUAAAAACUUCACAAGUUUGAAUAGCUCUAUUUGACGGACGUCUGGAGAAUCUAACAUUAUUGAGGUAGAGAAAUUGAAUUAACACAAUGCAAAAUAACCUUUUUCUUCAUCUCAUUUCUAGUCCAGAUAUCUCAAAUUUCUUAGAUCAAGUUUGGUGUUGUUUCACCUUCAGACGGAAUAAGCCCAAAUUAAGAGUUUUUCCUUAAAAUAAGCUAAAUUAUCUGCCAAUAGGGUAAGUAAAAAAUGCAUAUUUUUGCUUUUAAAUGUAGAUAUUUAAAUUGGAAACAAGACAAAAAUUGUAAAUAAUAAAUCUUUACGUAAUUAAAUACAAUUAAUAUUUGUUACACCAAACAAUUUUUUUGGUGCCCAAAUGUUUUAAACUCUCUUGAAAUGCUCAGUCACAGGGAUUAAAAACUAUUUUUUAAGCAUGCAAACAUGCAAAUGAUAAAUUUUCAGUCUGUUAUGUAAACUUAGCAGUGACUCAACAAUUCACAUGUGUUCUGUGGCUUCUGAUUAGUAAUAUUAUUCAGAUUUUAGUGUAAGUAUGCUGAACAGUCAUUUCCUCAGUCAAAUCCUCCUAUUUGUUCCUCUGGUAUCAGGAAGUAGCUUAUCAUUUCAGAGGGAAACAUCUACAAGCAGGGCAAGUAUUGUUUUUUUCAUCAGCUUGAUCUCCAACACUUUAAAAUACUUUUAUUAGCUUUUAGGGUGAUUUAUAGAGGAAACAAUAAUUUGUAGACACCAUGUUGGUAUUUAUCAUCUUGUAUAUUAAAGAUUUAAGAGAGAAAUGAUGAUGACAUUAUAUCUGUAUAAUUCUAUAGCUAUAUUAUGUCUCGUGAAAUAAUGGCAACAUUUAUUUAGGAAGUCUAUCAGCUAUAAGACGAAUUCCACAAUUAGGAAAAACACCUGAAUUCUUGGUUUUGUGCGUAGGUUACUCUAACUAUUUAUGCUGAACAUUGGGAAAUAUUAUUUUUAAAAAUUGGUAAACAAUUAUUAAUAUUACAUCUGAGCAUUUUCUCACGAAGAUGUAAUAUACUGAAAUAGCACAGAAAAGUAUGCAUGAUCCAUAUAUUGUACAUACCAUUGUGUCCCUAUCAAGUGUACAACAGACUUUCAACAGUAGUAUCGGAUGAAUGAUUCUGGCUGAGGUAUAACUGCUGAAAAUGACAGCAUGAUUUAAUGAUGUUUGUUUUGUUUUUGUCAAGUUUUUAAAAAAAAUCAUUAAUUGUGCUUAUGGCUUGUUUAUAUUUGCUCCAAUGUUGGAUGAAGAUUAAAAAAAUCUU